CCUGAAGGGAAGUGUGAGGGUGUUGGCAGCCCUGGGUGAUGACAGCGGAUGUAAACACGACAUGACUUCAAGGGGCUGGGCAGGCUUCACGGAGGAAGAUAUUCAUAAUGUACAAAAGGGCAGUGUCUCACGAGAUGGUCAAGCAUCAUAUCAAAGGUCCGAGUUACACCAGGCCAGGCUACUCUUCUCAGGAAAGGCAUCAACGAAAGAGAAAUUGGGAAGGUCUAGGUCGGCUAAAACUCUGCACAAUUAUUCACCAAUUCCAUUACAAGCCAGACUCUCCCAAUCUCAGGAGUUGGAACCUGCCAGCCCAUCACACUCAUCGGGGCACAAGUCCCCAGAUUCACUGCAGAGUUCCUCGUCACAGUCAGAGUCUCCUGUACCUCCCUCACCAUGCAAAUCACCAACAGGUAGUCAUGCCAAGAAUGUCAAAAUCCGCCUACGAGACAAUAACUCGUACGAAUUGAUAUCAACGAAUGGAUCACUUCUGGAGGACCAUCCACUUGGCUCAAAGGUUGAAUCUGAUUGCUCAAUAGAGGAAAAUAUGCUUAACGAAGAAUGUGAAAAAGAUGGAGAAGAAAAGCCAUCACUAGAAAAGUUCCAAAGGCUUCAAAAAAUGAUGGAAGAGCAGAAUAAACACAGAAGAGAAUUACUUGUUAAGGCAAUUGCUGAUAGGAGUCGACGCACGCAGUCAGAAGCACAGAAGUUGAAGCAAAUUCAGUCCGAGUUGGCCAAGUUGGAUUCACUUUUGUCGUCUGAUGUGUCUAUCCUUCGAGACCAGAUAGAAGUUGCUAGCUUGGAAUUUAAUGAGGCACAAAAGCGGUAUGACAAGGCAGAAAAGGAAUUCAUUGAAGCUAAACUACAAUUGUUUGGUAAACUGGAAAAGAAAGAACUCCUUACAGAGCAUCUGUGCCGAAUCAUUGAAGCCAAUGAACGAAGGAAAGCCUGUAAACUCUCAGAACUUAUGGCCAAGUUGGAGAUGGAAGAUGUUUCAUCUGAAAUUGUUAAUGCUAGUACUGAGGAGGUUUUGCCUCAGCUGGCCAGCUUGGAUGAGGUGACCUAUGCAGCUUGCACAACUAUUAAAGAUCCCAAGAAAACCAGCUUAGCUCUACAGAUGGGCAUUGCCAAAAUAAAUGGUGAUAUUUCUAUAGAAACUGUUAAGGAACUGCUGGAAGAAGGGAGAGGAAUGCAUGUUGUGAAUAAUGAGAGGAUCCCAGAAAUUGAUGGUGAAAGAAAAGAAGAUUCUCCAGCUGACAGCAGAGAGAAGACUUCACAAACAGAUGCCAAGACAGCAAAGGAAAGUAAGAAAGGGAAAUGUGAAAAUCAAGAUUUUGCUCCAAAGGGUGAGGUAUGUAAAUUAGAUGCUGAGAAGAGGGUUGCUUGUAGUGACAGUGAGGUACGUGAAGUUACUGUAAAUGUUGAGGCCAAAGUAGAAACCGAGAGUAAAAAUACCCCAGAUAUAAACAUGCAAAGAAAUCUGAAAGAGGAUGGUGUGUCCUUUAAAGAUUUCAGUCAAUAAAGAUAUAUCUGACCUAGAAAUGGUUGCCGCUGUGAUGUUAGUAAAAAUGCCUUGGUGCUUGUCCAUCCUACUUUUGGUGAGUAUAAUUAUUAUAUUUUCUAGGAUGAAUGAUUAGCUGUGUCCAAUUAUGGGUACAACAAGACAAUCUUUCAGUCUCUAAAUAUUGUUUAAUUUAACCUGGUUCGAACAAACUUACUAUAACAUUCAAUAAGACAUACAUGUGAGUGUGUGUAAAUUUUGAUAGGUCUUUGUAUACUUGUAUGCAUACAUACACUAGUUUAUAUGGAGAGAAACAAAUUUGCAUACACAUCAUUAAACACAUACUUUCAUAGAUAAAUACUCUAGUGGUAAAUUCAACAAACAUAAUUUAUAUAAACUUGCUUAAAAUGUAUCUUUUAUAAUGAGAUGUGUAGUCAACUGUUUAUAAAGGGUUUUAUUCAUGUUUUUUUGUAGAAUAUUUAAUUGAGUCUUGUCAUUAUUAUAAUGUAAAAAUAUUUAUAAUUAUGUUUUCAGACAAACAAAUUAUAUUGGGUCUCCUAAUGAUUAUUUUUCUUAUUAAAUUUUCAAGAUACAGUACAUGAUUUCAGCAAUUUGAUUUGCUUGAUGAAUUGUUAUUUUUUCUGAUAGUAAAUAAUAAGAUUGGCUUAAUUGAACUACAGUGGUACCUCGGAAUGCGAUUGUCCCUGUAUGCGAGGUUUUCGGAAGGCGAGCAGUAUUUACUCCAAAAAUUUGUCUCAGAAGGCGAGGGUUACUUCGGGACGUGAGUUUGUUGAUACGC